AUGUAUGUUUUGGGUGAUUUCAAUGACCGAGUGAUUUUAGAUUGUGAUGAGGAGAGUCUAGGCAUGGAUGGUACAGUGACAGCCAUCCGGCGGAAACUGGAUUUGAAGUAUAUUGACCGGGUGAUGUCAGGUCGAGGUCUGUGUGUUAUGAUUAACCAAAUUCUACAAGUGGAGCCAAUGCCCAUCCUGGGUCCCAAUGAUGGCCGCACGUGCUAUCGAGUGGUGGCCGAAGUCAUCCUCUUCAAACCCCUACCCCGAGAAGUCCUACUGGCCACCAUCAUCUCGGGCGACGCACUCGGACUACGACUCAGUACUGGUUUUUUCCAAGACAUACGCAUUCCAGCCCACAUGCUUCCCACCAACUCCAAAUUUGACGAGGGAGAAGGUCAGUGGAAAUGGGUGGUUGAGGGAGUAGACCGCAACCAAGACCUCUACUUUGAGAUCGGUGCUCUGUGUCGGUUCCGCGUUGUCGACUUGGUUUUCAGCAACGACAAAAAAGAUGACAGCGUCCCCAUGCUGCUUAUUGGCACCGUGAACGACUCUGGACUGGGGCUGGAUAUAUGGUGGGUCUAA